CCAUCUUGGGCAGAGUGUGUAUGAGGCAGAAGGAAGAGGAGGGGCAGGAGUGAGGAAAGAAGGAGCAGGGAAAGGGGGUGAAAAAAAGGAGGAGGCCACCGCGCUGCCGUCGUCGUGGUGCGCGCGCAGCUGUAGUGGAGUCGCCGCCGCCGCCUUUGCUAGCCGAGGCUUGAGCCUGAGGAAGGCCCCGGAAGGAGACGGGGAGACGUCGCGCCGCCGCCACCACCAGAGCCAAGCUGCCCAGUCACCAGCCUCCCGAGCCCAGUGCCACAAUGGCAACUGCACCUUACAACUAUUCCUACAUCUUUAAGUACAUCAUUAUUGGAGACAUGGGUGUAGGGAAGUCCUGCUUGCUGCACCAGUUCACAGAAAAGAAAUUUAUGGCGGACUGUCCCCACACAAUUGGUGUGGAGUUUGGGACACGAAUAAUUGAAGUUAGCGGCCAAAAAAUUAAGCUGCAGAUCUGGGAUACAGCAGGGCAGGAGCGAUUCAGGGCUGUCACACGGAGCUACUACAGAGGAGCAGCAGGCGCUCUUAUGGUCUACGAUAUUACUAGAAGAAGCACGUAUAACCAUCUAAGCAGCUGGCUGACGGAUGCGAGGAACCUCACUAAUCCAAAUACUGUGAUAAUCCUUAUAGGAAAUAAAGCGGAUCUGGAAGCACAGAGGGAUGUUACGUAUGAAGAAGCCAAACAGUUCGCUGAAGAGAAUGGGUUGCUGUUUCUUGAAGCAAGCGCAAAAACAGGAGAGAAUGUUGAGGAUGCAUUCCUAGAGGCUGCCAAGAAAAUCUACCAAAAUAUCCAAGAUGGAAGCCUGGAUCUGAAUGCUGCAGAGUCUGGAGUACAGCACAAGCCUUCAGCUCCGCAGGGCGGCCGGCUAACAAGUGAACCCCAGCCCCAGAGAGAAGGCUGUGGCUGCUAGUGACCUCAAUUCCUCAGCUCUGUUUCUGACCUUAAACCUCUGUUAGGAGCAGUGCUUUUGGCUGCUUCAGUUUCCUCUGUACAUCUUACUGGGUUUAAUUAAAACUCUUGAGGCAACAGUUUAACACAGUACUAAACUUCUAAAAAUAAGAGAAACUUAGAUGUAAUCAGGUUAUCAAAGGCAAGUAGAGUCAAACCCUCUCCCUGCAUGGUAAAUCUAGAAGUUUUUUUUCUCCCCCAUGAUUGUCCUUGUGAAUAGUGUCACCGAUCCAUGAUUCACAAAACAGAGCACUGAUGCUGGACCUCAUGAUUUUUACACUUUCUCUCUCUCCCUCCCUCCGCAGGGCUUUGUCUCUCUUGUAAGGUUUAACUUUGUUAGCUUCAGCAUUUCCUCCCAAUCUGUAACUGGUCUCAGUCUGUCCUUUUAGUAACAAGAAGUUGACUUUUGCUGUGGAGUGGCUUCUAAGGGUAGAGCAGGAGCCCACAGAAUUGUGUGUCUUAUUGAAAGGAUUCCCCGUUAUAGUCUGGGAGGUGGGGGGGGGAACCCCAUUGCAGGGCUGUAUGUUUUCAUCUGUCUUGGCCUAGCACACGACAAAUACCUUACACUCUGCAGUUUGACACCACCGCCUCCAUUUUGGAUUUUUAUCUUUGACCCUUGUUAACAGAACGUAAAUAUGUAUAAAUUUUGAAGGAACUGAGCUAACACACUUAAGUACCUUCUGUGUAUAUGAUUUUAAUGACAAAUAAAACUGAUUACUGGCAUUAGAACAAUGCAUAAGAAUAUAUCGGUCUGUACAGUUCAACCUACUACAUGACCACAUUGCCCCUGCUUAGUAAAACUACAGCCCACUUAGCAUAGGCCUACUCCUGUGGCAUUGUCAUUUUGGAGGUUGCAGUUCGAAAGCUGGGCCCCGCCAUGGUGCAAGAGGCGUAUCCACCCCACUGUAGUAAUCUAGCCUAUCUCUGCACUGUGGCCAUCUAUUGCUGUUUGUUAAUACUCCUGGUCUUGUGCAAUUGAUGGUGUGCAUUUCCUUCUGUUUCUUUUUUUGUAAGAAUUUUGCAUCGAUCCAGCUUAAUUUUCGGCCUUUUUGUUUAGGAAGGCUGGGCUCUAUUGCACAUUUUAUGCUUUUUAUGAACGGGUUGUUCUCAACUGGACUGUCAUGAGUAUAUUGCUCUUUGGAUUUUGAACUACACCAUGGCAUUUGACACUACAGUUGAACGGGCUUAACUUGUGCUCCUGCUAAAUUCUUGGUCCUUGCUGUAGCUGCAAAGAUCUUUUCUGAAAGAAUGAGCACAAAGCAGUUGUGUAUAUGCAGACCUGACUUUCUACUUUGUUUGGAGCCAUGUUAUGUAAACAAUCUCAACUCUGUACUGUACUCUCCCUGGCAACCUAGCCUUUAUUUUUUAAAGAGGAAGGCCAAUGAGUAGUUAAGCAUGAUUGGGGCAAGAUGAGCAUGUUUGAACAUUUUGACUGCAAUGUUUCAAAUACAACAGUUCAGAAAUCCCCAUAAGACACUAAGCAGAGCUACGUUCCAAUAUGUAAGCAAAGGGUGAUAACCAGCAUAUUGUACAGUCAAUGUUAAAUAAAAGCCAAAACUGGAAUGUGCAAAUGAUUAGUGUUUGAGUAACUUGUGCACUGUCCCUCGGUGUUUUCCUUUCCCCUCCGUUUUGAUCUGGUUAGGUUCUCCCCAUCCCCCUUUCUUAAAAUAGAUUAGUAUAAUAUUUUUUGCUAAAAUGAAUUGCACCAGGUGGGGGAUUUUUGCCCAGGGACCAUGACCUGUUGGUACAAUUAAGUUUGGGCAAAGGCAAUCACUUCCUGCAGCUUGUUGGUGAUGCAAUACCCCCCCCCCCCUUACAUUUCCCCAGACGGAAGUUACAGUAGGUCUUUGUUUCUGUGACAGGACUUAUUUGGGCUGCUGUACUCAUUUAAUGUAACAAUGCUAUUAUCUAAAUAUUUGUAAAUAAAGUUACCUGUAUCU